CGGGGACAGACAGCAGGCGUGACUCAGUACUGCUCUAUGAUUGGGUUGCUUGACUAGACGGUGAAUAUAUCAACGAAGCAAAACAGAGGGUUUUUAAAAACAAAACAGGAGAUUAAGGCACUAACCAACUUCCUUAAUCAUUCUGGGAAGACUGUAAACCAUCCGAGCUGACUGCUGGCUUUGACACUCCCUCUGGCAGCUUUCCUGUACUUUCCAGACCGACGAGGAGAAACUAAACCCAAAAAACAAGCCUGUUUUUCUCAGCUGACAGUCAUGGCGAGUAACCUCGUCUCCAGGUUGUUUCGUCCUUCCGUCUUCACACAGUUCGCGUCUCUCCGGGCGGGCUGCAUGUCGCCGGGAAAGAAGGCGGCGGCGGCGGCGGCAGUGAUGGUAGCGGGGACCAGACAUUUCUCCAGCGACCCUCCUCCGGAGAAGAUCAGUCGCUAUCCAGUUCCUUAUAAGAAGGACUUACCUUAUGAUAUAGUGGAGCUUAUGGAGGAAGUGGAGUCAAAGGGAGGCUUUUUGCCAAAUGUCUUCAAAGUCCUCUCUCACAGGCCAGCAGAGUUCAGAGCUUUCUUCGCAUACUACAAUGAACUAAUGAAUAAGGAGACAGGCAGAUUAACCAAGGCAGAUCGUGAGCUGAUUGUAGUGGCAACCAGCAUCCACAACAAGUGUCUUUACUGUGUGGUAUCCCACAGUGCACUGCACCGCAUCUACUCUAAGAAACCCACUCUUUCUGAUCAGGUCAUUGUUAACUAUGAGAAUGCAGAGCUGGAACCUCGGGAGCGUGCCAUACUGGACUUUGCGAUGGCUGUGUGUCGUUGCGACACCAUCACAGACCAGCACUUCCAAUCUUUGGAGGAAGUGGGCUUUGACCGAGAAGAUGCCUGGGACAUUGCUGCCAUUGCUGCUUUCUUUGCCAUGUCCAACCGGCUCGCUCACCUCACCGACAUGAGGCCAAACCUAGAAUUUUACAACAUGGGCCGUAUACCACGGGACAAGAGCAAGGACAAGGACAAGACAGGGAGAGAGGGCAAGUGAAAAGGGGGGUCAUGUUACCGACAAGAUUAUGAGAGGUCAAAGGUCAUAUGUUACUCUAACAAUAUGUUCACACUGUAGCUAGCUGUUGUCUCAUUUCUGUUUUUUUUUUUUUCUUCCCGCUUACAUGUGAAAAAUCAGAUGUUUUCCAAUUUAUGUUGAAAUGAGGUGCAAUAGCCCUAAAAAUUGAGAAAUUCUUAAAUUUUCUUCAUAAUGUGAAAUUUUACAUGUGAAUGAUUCAGGCCGUUAAAAUUCUGUUGAGUCAAUAUGGUGAAGAGGUGUGAGAGAGACAGUCUGAGUUUGUGAGGUGUGGACCUUGCUGUGUGUUUGUUCUCUGUUUUGCUGAUGACUUGAUCUAAACUUGUGUCUAAAUCUAGUCAUAAUGUUUAUUUACCUUGACAUUUUGAGUUUUAGGUGGUUCUAGUGAUCGGGACAAGUAAUUUUUUUUUGCAGUUAUUUGUGUAUGAAACUUAAUGAUUGUACUUUGUGAGAGAAUUUACACAAUACGGGAGUUGUCUUUAAAUUCCCAUAAACAGGAUUUGUUUGUAUAUUAAAACCUAUGAAAACUAA